AUGUCUGACCCCAUCACUCUCAACGUUGGAGGGAAGCUAUAUACUACCUCCCUGUCAACUCUGACCAGUUUUCCUGACUCCAUGCUAGGAGCCAUGUUCAGUGGAAAGAUGCCCACCAAGAAAGACAGCCAAGGCAACUGCUUCAUUGAUCGUGAUGGCAAGGUCUUCCGCUACAUCCUGAACUUCUUGAGGACUUCCCACCUGGACCUGCCUGAGGAUUUCCAAGAGAUGGGGCUACUCCGGAGAGAAGCCGACUUCUAUCAAGUGCAACCCUUGAUUGAAGCCCUUCAGGAAAAGGAGGUGGAGCUGUCCAAGGCGGAGAAGAACGCCAUGCUCAACAUCACCCUGAACAAACGUGUGCAGAACAUCCAUUUCACCGUUCGAGAAGCACCGCAGAUCUACAGCUUGUCCUCUUCUGACAUGGAGGUCUUCAAUGCUAACAUCUUCAGCACAUCAGGCCUUUUCCUGAAGCUCUUGGGCUCUAAGCUCUUCUACUGCUUCAACGGCAACUUGUCUUCCAUCUCCAGCUAUUUGCAAGACCCAAACCAUCUCACUUUGGAUUGGGUGGCCAGCGUGGAUGGCUUGCCUGAGGAAGAAUACACCAAGCAGAAUUUAAAGAGACUGUGGGUGGUGCCCGCCAACAAGCAAAUUAAUAGCUUCCAAGUGUUUGUAGAGGAGGUAUUGAAAAUCGCACUCAGCGAUGGCUUUUGUGUGGAUUCUUCCCACCCACACCUGUCUGAUUUUAUGAAUAAUAAGAUUAUUCGAUUAAUACGCUAUAGGUAGAAUGGCCCAGCUUCCAGCAGAUUUGCAGUCCACAAGAUAACACAAGGUCAACAGAGUGUUUCUCUUAAAGCACCAGCUAAGAAACACUCACCAGCAGUGUGAUACAGAAUCAUAUACUAAUAUGUAUUAAUCACUAAGCAGGAGUUGA